AAUAAAUUUUAAAAAAGGAAAGAAUUAUAUCUGUACAGAUAUCUAUCCCCAGGUAUCUUUGAAGCAUACUAAUAAAUGACGUGUUUUAAUUUUGGAUUAUUCUCUAUAAUAAAUACUCUGCUUUAGAGUAAUUUCUACAAAAUGUUAACGACUUACCGUUUUUUACUAUGAAUUCAAGAAAAGUUGAUUUUUUUCCAGUGUGUUCAGCUUUUUACUUGUUAUGAUGGAGUGUCAACUUCCAAGCUCUCUACAUGCACAACCAGAAUCUGGAAGUCUGUAUGGUGUUUUUUAAAAGUAUUUAUUCUCAACCAAAUUUGGUUUCAACUCUGUUGUUAAUUUAAACAUUGAUAAGACUGGGAUUACUGAUUAGAAUAGAAAAUAAAAAAUAAAAAGUUAAUACAGUAAUUUUUAACUCUUUUCAAGUUAAAAUGGUAUCAUUUGAUUAUUUUGUUAACUGCUUCUUCAAAAGAAUAUUCCCCCCCCCCGGAAAAACUUAUAUCUAGGGUUGUUGGUUCUGAUUCCUGUAGUGUGUGGGCAAGAGGAGACUGGGACAUAGUGGGCUUUGAAUAGUUGACCAUUCAAAGAGCUAAUGACAGUUGUAUAUAAUGAUUUGUAGUUUUAGAAAGUGGUUUUACAUUCAUUAUCAUAUUUGAGUUUCACAGCUACUUAGAAUGAUACAGAAGUUUGUUUCCUCUGCUUUGUAAUUGAGAAAAUGGAGAAACUCUCUUGUCCAAGUUUACAUGUUUUAGUAAGUAGUAGAACUGACAUUAAGAAAAAAGGUUUCUGGUUCAGAGGCUUGUGUACUUCCUGCUGAACCAUAGAUUUCUACAGAACUAGGGCAAGAAGAUGGUGUUUGGCAGUUAGCAGCAUAGCAUAUGUAUCUUUAUUGUUGCUUUGCAUUGUGACUUUGGAAAUAAUUAUUUUUUACUGUAUACUCUGGCUUUCAAGUAGAUUUUGAGGACUUGGCAAUUUGUGUCCCAUAGAGUUAUAACACUUAAAAUGCUUGGGAAGAAAGGGAUGUUUUCAUUAUUUGAAUUUUAAUUUAUUAUGAUUAUAUCAUUUUUAUUUACUUUAUCAUUUUUAUUUAUCAUUAUUGUAUCUUCAUCAAUUUAAUCAGACAUUACAUUGUAGACACAUCUCACAUGUUGGAAUAGAAGGAAAGAAGGAAUUCAGGAAAACAGAAAAAGUAGGCCAAAAUUUUUACAUUCAGAUCUGCUGUGGUUCUAAACAGUGACCUUGGGAAGCUGUACACUUGCUGCCAAUGUUCAAAAUAUCCAUUGGAUCUCAUAUUUUAAAUAAUGGCUUCAGGAUUUUAUUUCCAUGUGUAUAAAGAUGUAUAUAUUCACCAUGAAAAUAUUUGUGAACUUUGUCAAUAGUUUAGUUGUUGGGUUUACAUCAUGCUGAGAAUUACUUUUCAGAACAUUUUUAGCUAGUGUGUGUAGGUUCAGCAACAGAAUUGUUUUGAUGAGUGUUAUUAUUGAUUAGAUUGAUUGAAUGGGUUAUCUUUGAAUUAAUGAUUUUUUUUUCCCCCUAGUCAGCGGAUAAGCAGCGAGCCCUAGAAGAAACCAAAGCCUACACCACCCAGUCCUUAGCAAGUGUUGCCUAUCUGAUAAAUACUUUGGCCAACAAUGUACUGCAGAUGCUGGAUAUCCAGGCAUCCCAACUACGAAGGAUGGAAUCAUCAAUUAAUCAUAUUUCACAAACCGUUGAUAUUCAUAAAGAGAAAGUUGCAAGAAGAGAAAUUGGUAUUUUGACUACCAAUAAAAACACUUCAAGGACACAUAAGAUUAUUGCUCCAGCCAACCUUGAACGACCAGUUCGUUAUAUUAGAAAACCUAUUGACUAUACAAUUCUAGAUGAUAUUGGACAUGGAGUAAAGGUGAGUACCCAGAAUAUGAAGAUGGGUGGGCUGCCGCGUACAACACCUCCAACUCAGAAACCCCCCAGCCCCCCUAUGUCAGGGAAAGGGACACUUGGGCGGCACUCCCCCUAUCGCACACUGGAGCCAGUGCGUCCUCCAGUGGUACCAAAUGAUUACGUACCUAGCCCAACCCGUAAUAUGGCUCCCUCGCAGCAGAGCCCUGUGAGGACAGCUUCUGUGAAUCAAAGAAAUCGAACUUACAGCAGCAGUGGGAGUAGUGGAGGAAGCCACCCAAGUAGUCGGAGCAGCAGUCGGGAGAACAGUGGAAGUGGGAGUGUGGGAGUUCCCAUUGCUGUUCCUACUCCCUCUCCUCCCAGUGUCUUUCCAGCCCCUGCUGGCUCUGCUGGUACUCCUCCCCUUCCUGCUACUUCUGCACCUGUCCCUGCCCCUAUUGUUCCUGCUACUGCCCCUUCCUCCACUGCCCCAGACGCAUCUUCUGGGGGUGCCCAGACCCUUGCUGAUGGCUUCACUUCUCCAACUCCCCCUGUUGUUUCUUCUACUCCCCCUACAGGACAUCCUGUCCAGUUCUACAGCAUGAAUAGACCUGCCUCUCGCCAUACUCCCCCAACAGUAGGGGGCUCGUUGCCCUAUCGACGCCCUCCUUCCAUAACUUCACAAACAAGCCUUCAGAAUCAGAUGAAUGGAGGACCUUUUUAUAGCCAGAAUCCAGUAUCUCUUGCUCCUCCUCCUCCCUCCAUCCUACAGGUAACUCCUCAGUUACCUUUAAUGGGAUUUGUGGCCAGAGUCCAAGAAAAUAUUUCAGAUACACCACCCCCACCCCCACCUGCGGAAGAACCCGUCUUUGAUGAAUCCCCCCCUCCGCCUCCUCCCCCAGAAGAUUACGAAGAGGAGGAGGCAGCCGUGGUUGAGUACAGUGACCCUUACGCGGAAGAGGACCCGCCGUGGGCGCCAAGGUCUUACUUGGAAAAGGUUGUGGCAAUUUAUGAUUAUACAAAAGACAAGGAAGACGAGCUGUCCUUUCAGGAAGGAGCCAUCAUUUAUGUCAUCAAGAAGAACGACGAUGGUUGGUACGAGGGGGUUAUGAAUGGAGUGACUGGGCUCUUCCCUGGGAAUUAUGUCGAGUCCAUCAUGCAUUAUUCUGAGUAAGCUCAGUGGGCUGUGUCCCGCACAGGAGUAGUCAGGAUCUCCCAGAUUGUCACAAGACCCUGGGAUUCACCUCCAGGGAAGUGAAUGAAGGAUACAAAUGAUAAAAACUACUUACGUUUUUUCCGGUUUACCCCCCAGUAUUAAAACAAAAAAACAAGCUGAGUGUGAACAAAUGGAUCUUUCUGUCAUCAUUUGUACUAUGCUAAGCUGUCUGGAUUGAAAUAAAGUGACCAUUUCUGAAUGUGUCGGAGGUAUAACAGCAUAACUAUGUAAAACAAAUCAGGUUAAGACUGAUUCAGAACAAAAUCUGGGAUCUUUCUCAGGAAUACUGUAUACCCGUGGGAUUUCUCUUGCAGAAUCUGUGGCAUUGGAUGGUCUUCAGUGCCUGUGCUAAAGGUUAGCCUUGUGGUUUACUGCGUACCCCACUUUUUUCCACCUGUAUGAGGAGGGAACCGAUAUUUGAAUACCAUACUUAACCAUUUUUAGUUAUUUCAGGUGGCUCAUUUCCUCUCACACUGUAAGUUCUGCAUUCUCUCAGCACUUGUGUGCACCAGAGUGAAGGCUGAACUGACUUGCAUCCCAUCAUGUUUCUCAGUUUGUAGAUGAUGAAAUGAGUCUCCCAACAUUCUGAGGGUGGUUGACAAUUGCCAGUGUGAUUUUAAUGUGCUGCUGCAGCAUGAGACUGCAUUGCCAUUAAGGGCCAUUACCCAGAUGUGUGAAGCACGGUAGCCCGGCUCACGCUGAAGCAGGUGGGUGAAGCUGGUGUGAAGGUUCUGUAAGGUUCUGAAGAGAUUUGACGUAGAAAUGCGCUGCCUUAGGUGCUGGUUUGAGGAUGAUGAUUUUGGAAUUCAGACCAACUAUUUCUUUACUGAUUUCACUAUUGAGAAAAACAUUCUUUUUUGGAAAAUAGUUAUUUUCAAGUUUCUUGACAGCUACUGGGAAUAAAAGGCUUGCUACUGUAAUCUUGGAGUGAUAUUAGUGGCCAGUGUUAGCUCCUGCUGAGUUGUCUACUCACUGAGCUCUACAAAAGGGAAAUACUCUCCUGAUUUUGUGGUUGGCCUCUGAAGUAGCAUCCUUUGGUACGAAUUUGAACUUUGUAUCUCAGCCUAAGAAUAGUGGGAUAAGGCCAAAUAGAUAUCCAAUUACAUAUAUUAAAAACUGAUAGAACUUUGAGAGAAACAGUAUAUUUUAUCUGCCCAACUAUAGCUUCAAGUUCAGUGGAGUUUGUGAGUCAGAUGGCUUUAAUCACUUCUGUGGUCAAUAUAAGAAAUGUUCUAAAAAUCCAGGAGGGCUUUGCUGCUCAGCAGGUGAAUACUUAGUGAUGAACUAGCUUAUGUCAAGGCCCAAAGCUGUCAUGGGUUCUUCCCAGUUCCAGUGACUUGGCCAGAAGAGAGCUUUGCCAGGUGACCUCCCUGAGCUGCGUCAAAGGGGAGGGGCAAUAGCUGCAUAUACAGUUGACCCUUGAACAACACAGGUUUGAACUGCACGGGCCCACUUACACUGGGGUUCAAUAAAUGUAUAGUCAGCCCUCCAUAUCCCUGGAUUCUGCAUCUGCAUAUUCAACUAGUUAUGAUCGAAAACAGAAUUUUCAGUCUGCAGUUGGUACCCACAGAUGUGGAAGACAAACUGUGUGCACUGUUUUAUACCAGUUUGCCUAAGGGGCUUCAACAUCCAAGGAUUUUGUUUGUGUGUAUGUGUGUGUGGGGGGGUCCUGGAACCAGUCCCCCACAGAUACAGAGAGCUGACUGUAGUAAGUGUGAGUCAAAAGUUAUAGGUGGAUUUUCAAUUACACGGGUCCUGUGUUGCUCAAGGGUCAACUGUAUUUGACAUGUAAGCCUUGAACAUGAGGUAGUGUAGAUAGCAGAACUUGAUUGAAAAGUGAAUGUGUAGUAGUGUGAGGGAAUUCAGAUGGUGUAGGCAGAACAUUCCACCUGUGAAUCUAUCUGAGCACAGAACUUCAUCACCAUUUAACUGAGACCCAGAUAUACAGCUCCCUCGUCAAGACUCCGUGUCGUAAAGCUGCAAGUUCUUCCCCUGCCCUCCCCCAACAUGUUGCAAGUCAGCUAUUUUGCUUUUAGCUCUCUUCAACCUUUUGAAUUUAGCUUUGCUGCCAUGCCUAUGUGAGGUCAUCUCAACAUCCUUUAUUCCGUUUUCCUUUAAAGCAAUGGUCCUGAGUGUCCGAGCCAUCAGUUUUGUUAUGGACCCAACCUAGACUAUACUUGGAUAGGUUAAACUCUUAGUGUUGGUGUAUAACUAGGAAAACUUUUAAAAUUAGAUAUUCUAGUUAUUUAUUUCAAUACCUUUUUGCUGAGAAAACUUAGUGGAUUUAAUAAGAGGGUAAUUUGAAAUUCAACAAAUAGUUCCAUAGCUCAUACCAACGGCAGACUGUGCAACAAGAGUUGGUGACGGUCGGCUUGCCUGUUGGGUUGGGGAGUGCAGAGGACACUGGUGGUGAUGAAGACCUGUAGCAGGGGGAAUCCAUGGGUUAGCUAACUUUUUUCUAUAUUAUUUAGUACUAAUGUGAGUGAUUUUUUGUUUUAAAAACACAUUGGAUUUUCUGCAUACUUUAAAUUUUUGUACAGUUUUGAAUUCUAUAUAUUGUCUUGGAAAGAUACUAUGUAAUGAUGGGCCAGGCCUACCGUAAUGGGAGACUUUUAAUAUAUGUAAUAUUUCAUAGAUUGCAUGCUAUUAAUAGUUUGUGAGGGUAGUAUUUGUUUUAUUGUAAGUUUCCCCAUUUAUCUUUUUAUAAACGAGAUGAGACGGUGGGCAGUAGGAAUUCCAAAUGAAUGUAGAAACCUUACAUGCUACAUAAUAUUGUGGCAUAUAGAAUCCAAGUCUCAAUCUGCUGACCAGUAAGCAACCAGAUCAGGAUAGAAUCUAAUGGGGGAGGGAUUUUUUUUCCUUCUGAAAUGUUCCUUUUUUACUUGCUGGACACUCCCUAUUUCCUUACGAGUUUGUUCUUUUUUUGUCACUCCUUUUUAUUUAUUUAUUUUUUUGGUAUAACUGUUUGAAAGGCCAUGGUGGUAUGAAUGAAAAUACUCUUGUCACUGACCUAGCCAAGGCAGUAAAUCUGAAUAAGUAUCAACGUGUCAAAAAUCUUAAGAGAUUCAGCCUGCUGUGUUUGAAAUAAAUAUCUUUUCUUGUUCAGUAUUUUCUAUCUUUUGGCUUUUUGCUUUCUGUCUCCCUCAGGGGCACCAAUAGGGUUGGCAAGGGCCUGCUACUUCUCCUCUAUUCCUAGAAGUCGCUACGUGAGACGUUUUAUCCCUCCCUUCCCCUUCCCGCUUCCGUUGAUUACCCAGCUAGAAUGUCCUUCAUCUUCACAGGGAUUUCUGUAACGGAGCUAUUCUCCUUGGCAGUCUUAGGUUGAAGAUGAUUAAUUUAGAGACAUCAAAAUGAUGGUAGUUUGCUUUUAUCCUUUUGUGUUCAUUUUCUUUUAACAGGUGACCUUUCUGCAUUAGGAACUAUUUUCUAAUUUUUAUUCUUUUCUUGCUCGGUGGAGAGAGCAAGGCCACCUUUCCCCUUGAAAAGGAUUUGAUGGAAGAAUUGGCAGGUGACUGCCAAAUCUCUGAAAGAAUGGGGAUCUGAAUCACUUCCGAACUACUUGGUCCAGGAACUCUUGAUUGGUGGUAAUUUCCCUCACAUGAUUUACUUAGGAUCAUAGAAUUUGAAAGCCAGAUGAAAUUUUAGUUCAGACACAUUUCACUGACGAGGUUAUGUUUCAGACAACAGCUAAUUAGUAGCGGUAAAGUCGGACUCAGUGCUACUUGUUACUCUUUCUACAAGUGUCUUAAUUGAAUGUGCUGUUUCUUUAAAAAUUAAGAGUUCUCCUUGAUGUCUUCAGGAAGAUACUUGAAAAGCUAUGCUGUUUCAAUAAAUACCAGAGUAUUAUUUAAACUAAACUUGUUUAAAGGAGUAUACUAAGUGCGACCUUAAUUAUUGAAAAAUCUUCAUUUUUAACCCUUCUAAAACUAUACUUGGUACAAACGGCCUUUUCCACUAGGUGUACGCAGCAGAAACAUUUCAGCACUGGUAGGAGCCCAGCACACAGCCUUAUUUGAGAGCCUUACAAAACAGUGAAACGGAGGCGCGGCACUCAUCACCUUAGGUUUACUUUAUGCUGAUCUUGUUCCUGCUUCUCACUCAGAAUCGCAUAGUUCUUAUUAAAAAACUGACAAAUGACCUUGCUAAAGAUCUUGAGAUUUUUUUGUAAAAAACCCCCCAAAACCAAAAAGCUUAUUUUCACAUUAAAAUGGAAAUGUCUUUUACAACUUUGGAAUUCUGUGAAAAAGCAGUUUUUAUCAUAUUUUGUGUCCCUGCAUCUUUUUUUCUUAACAACAAAAUGGUUUACAAAAAGAAUGUAAACGAUUUGUGAUCUGGCCAGUUGUACUUUUAGCUCCCAGAGAGAGGGCUGGUGUUCUGAGUAAAAACCACACAGGAAAACUUUGAGGGAGCAUUCUGUUGCCAGUAAUGUUUCUAGUGUGUGCCAUUAAAUCACCUCCAUGAGUGGGGGAGCAUCCACUUUUUAAUUUUGAAAUUGUAUUUGGAAUUGUUGCUGUGUACUAAGAACUUGACCUAAAUAAAAUUCCACAAAGUGUA